AUGCCACCAACAACAAAAGAUUCAGACAACAGUUUGCGUAUCAAGAAAGAUUCGUGCGAAGAUGCAUUCAUACAAUCGUUAAACGAUCGUAUAUUGAUUAUUGAUGGAGCAAUGGGCACAAUGAUUCAAAGCUACAAACUAGAAGAACACGAUUUUCGAAAUGAUGAACUAGUCAACCAUGAAAAGCCAUUAAAAGGAAAUAAUGAUCUAUUGUCAAUAACGCGUCCUGAUGUUAUUUUAGAAAUACAUAGAUCGUAUUUAGCAGCCGGCGCAGAUAUCAUUGAAACGAACACAUUUAAUGCUCAAUGCAUUUCUCAAGCAGAUUAUAAUCUAGAACAUUUCUCUUAUCGUUUAAACAAACAAUCAGCGCUACUAGCUAGACAAGCAGCCGAUGAAUACACACAAACAACAGGUAUUCGUCGAUUUGUUGCUGGCGCUCUUGGACCAACGAAUAAAACAUUGUCAAUAUCACCAUCUGUUGAAAAACCGGAUUUCAGAAACAUUACAUUCGAUGAAUUAGUCGAAGCAUACAUGGAACAAGCUCGAGGUCUGAUUGAUGGCGGUGUUGAUUUAUUCUUGAUUGAAACAAUAUUUGACACAGCUAACUGUAAAACAGCUAUUUACGCAUUAAAAACAUUAUUUGAGCAAAUUAAACAAUCAAAACCAAUACUAAUAUCUGGUACAAUUGUUGAUAUGAGUGGUCGUACAUUAUCAGGUCAAACAGUUGAUGCGUUUGUUAUUAGUGUCUCACACGCAAAUCCAGUUUGUCUUGGCUUAAAUUGUGCACUUGGUCCAAAUCAAAUGAGAAGAUUUCUAGAAGAAGUUAGCAAGAAUACAACAGCUUAUACCAUAUGUUAUCCGAAUGCCGGUUUACCGAAUACAUUUGGUGAAUAUGAUGAAUUACCAGAAACAAUGUCUAAUAGUAUUGCUGAAUGGGCAAAAGAUGGAUUAUUGAAUGUCGUCGGAGGUUGUUGUGGUUCAACACCAGAACAUAUCAGAGCAAUCGCCGAUAAAGUCAGACAUUAUCCACCACGUGUACCUCCAAAAGAGUUACAUUCGGAAGAUAUGUUAUUAGCUGGUUUGGAACCGUUUUGUAUUGGGAAAUAUACAAAUUUUGUGAAUAUUGGUGAACGUUGUAAUGUCGCCGGUUCAAGACAAUUUUUAAAAUUAUUGAAAGAAAAUAAAUUUGAUAAAGCAUGUGAUGUCGCCAAAGCGCAAGUUGAAGCUGGUGCACAAGUAUUAGAUAUUAACAUGGAUGAAGGAAUGUUAGAUUCAUGCGCUAUCAUGUCAAAAUUUCUAUGUUUAUUAGCAUCGGAACCAGAUAUAUCCAAAGUGCCACUGUGUAUUGACUCAUCUAAUUUUGCCGUUAUUGAGGCAGGCUUGAAGGUGACACAAGGAAAAUGUAUUGUUAAUAGUAUUUCAUUGAAAGAGGGAGAGGAAGAUUUUAUUGAAAAAGCCAAUAAAUGUAAGAAAUAUGGAGCAGCUGUUGUUGUCAUGGCAUUUGAUGAACAAGGUCAAGCAACUGAAAUCGAUCGUAAAUGUGAAAUAUGUCAACGUUCAUACGAUAUAUUAGUGAACCGUGUUGGUUUCAAUCCAAAUGAUAUUAUAUUUGAUUCAAAUAUUUUGACAAUAGCGACUGGGAUGGAAGAGCACAAUAAUUAUGCUGUUACUUUUAUCGAAGCUAUCAAAAUUAUUAAAAAGACUUGUCCAGGUGUGAAAUGUAGUGGUGGUAUAUCGAAUAUUUCGUUUUCAUUUCGUGGACAAGAUAAAUUACGUGAAGCAAUGCAUAGUGUUUUUCUGUAUCAUGCAAUUCAAGCAGGUCUUGAUAUGGGUAUUGUGAAUGCUGGUGCGUUGCCAAUCUAUAAAGAUAUUGAACCACAAUUGAGAGAAUUAUGUGAAGCAUGUAUAUUUAAUAAACGUUCAACAGUUACUGAAGAAUUAUUAGCAUAUGCACAAAAUAUGGAUAAAAAUGUUAAAAAAUCUGCUGAAGAUGAAGAAUGGCGUCGUUCAACAACAGUCGAACAUCGUCUUGCAUAUUCUCUUGUUAAAGGUAUUGAUAAAUAUGUUACAGAUGAUGUUGAAGAAGCACGACAAAAUAAAGAUCUAUACAAACGUCCAUUGAAUAUUAUCGAAGGACCAUUAAUGAAAGGCAUGAGUGAAGUAGGCGAGCUAUUUGGCGCUGGUAAAAUGUUUUUACCUCAGGUUAUUAAAUCAGCUCGUGUAAUGAAGAAAGCAGUGAAUUAUUUAAUUCCAUUUAUGGAAGAAGAAAAACAGCAAAAUUUAAGACAACUAAAACACCAAGGUUUAACAUCAACAGGUACAGAAACAGCUGGAACAAUUGUAUUAGCCACUGUGAAAGGUGAUGUACAUGAUAUUGGAAAAAAUAUUGUUGGCGUUGUAUUAGGCUGUAAUAAUUAUCGUGUUAUUGAUUUGGGUGUAAUGACACCGUGUGAUAAAAUUCUGAAAGUUGCUAAGGAAGAAAAUGCGGAUUUUAUCGGCUUAUCAGGUUUAAUAACGCCAUCAUUAGAUGAAAUGAUUACUGUGGCGAAAGAAAUGCAACGUCUGGGCUGUAAAACACCAUUGUUAAUUGGUGGUGCCACUACGUCGAAACAACAUACUGCCGUUAAAAUUGCACCACGGUAUCAAGGUGCCGUCAUUCAUGUUUUGGAUGCUUCAAAAAGUGUUGUUGUUUGUGGAAAUUUAUUGAGUCAAGAACGUAUUGACGGGUAUUUAGAAGAUAUUAGGGAUGAUUAUUCGGAUAUUCGUGAUGAGUAUUAUAUGAAUUUGAAUCAAAUUCGCUGUGUAGCCAUAGAACUAGCACGAAAAAAACGUUAUAUGAUCGAUUGGAUGUCGUCAACUUUCGAGAUAACAAAGCCAACCUAUCUUGGAAAUAAAGUAUACAAUGAUUACGAUUUGUCUAAAUUAGUCAAUUAUAUUGACUGGAAACCAUUUUUUGAUGCAAUGCAAAUAAGAGGAAAAUAUCCAAAUAGAGGGUAUCCAAAAUUAUUUGAUUGUAAAGAAGUUGGUGCUCAAGCGCGAAUUUUGUUUGACGAAGCUCAAGCUUUAUUAAAUGAAGUUUUGUCAAAAAAUUUAUUUAAAGCUCAAGCUGUUGUUGGUUUUUAUCCUUGUCGUUCACAUGGCGAUGAUAUUAUUCUCUACGAUCCAAAUGAUCAAUCAAAACAAAUUUCAACACUUUACGGUUUACGGCAACAAAUUGAACGUGAAGGUGAACAACAACAAACAAGUUACAUGUGUUUAUCCGAUUUUAUUUCAUCUGAUCCAAACAAAUUGGACUACAUUGGACUAUUUGCUUUAGCAAUAUUUAAUGUUGAACAAAUAGGUGAACAGUAUGCACAAGAAAAGGCAGAUGAUUAUUCGUCAAUUAUCAUUAGACUAUUAGGUGAUCGAUUAGCCGAAGCUUUUGCUGAAGAAUUACAUGAACGUGUUAGAAAAGUGUACUGGGGUUAUGCUCCAGAUGAACAUUUACCACUUAAAGAUUUGUUGAGUGUUGCAUAUCAAGGUAUACGACCAGCAGCCGGAUAUCCAACACAACCUGAUCAUACAGAAAAAUUAACUAUUUGGAAUAUUCUUAAUGUUGAACAAUUAACUGGAAUUCAAUUAACAGAAAGUUUAGCCAUGAAACCAGUAUCAGCUGUUAGUGGACUCUAUUUCGCUCAUCCUAAAUCAACCUAUUUUGCUGUCGGUAAAAUUAACGAAGAUCAGUUGUUUAUCGUCCAAGCUAUGUCAAUUACUUUUGAUGUAAUUGGCAUUGGAAUGUAUUUUCAUAUUGGAAAAGCACGUGUAUUUGCUAUUAUUUUACUCAUAAUUAAACCACUUAUGCUGUGGGCAGUAUAUGUUGUCAGAAAAGAGCGUGUGGGCGAAUUUGGUGAACCAAGUGCAUUUGGUAAUUGGGGACAAAGAAGGGAAGGAUAUAACGAAGUUCAAGGAGCAUGA